AUGGAGGAGGAGCGCGACCGACACGCGCUCGGCGGCGGGAUGGAGGCCGACGAGCCCGCCAGCCCCCGGGAGCCGCCGUCGCCACCCCCGCCGCCGUCGCCGCCGUCCCCCGCGGCCCCCGACGCCCCCGGGCCCCCCCAGCCCGAGCAGCCGUCGGAGGCCUACGCGCGGCAGCUGCUGCUGGAGGAGUGGAGGCCCCCCGGCGGGAGCCUCGAGCUGCCCCCGCGCCUCACCUGGAAGCUGCUCUUCCUGCGGCGGCCGCUCUACCGCAACCUGCUCCGCUCGCCCAACCCCGAAGGCAUCAACAUUUAUGAGCCAGCACCCCCUACUGGUCCCACCCAGCAGCCCCUGGAGACGCUGGGCAACUUCCGCGGGUGGUACAUUAGGACUGAGAAGCUCCAGCAUGACCGCAGCUGGACGGUGAAGCAGCAGUGUGUGGAUCUUCUGGCCGAGGGCCUGUGGGAGGAGCUCCUUGAUGAUGAGCAGCCGGACAUCACGGUCAUGGACUGGUACGAGGACAGCCGGCUGGACGCGUGUGUCUACGAGCUGCACGUCUGGCUGCUGGCGGCUGACCGACACACGGUCAUCGCGCAACACCAUGUGGCCCCCCGCACCUCUGGGCGGGGCCCCCCCGGCUGCUGGCUCCAGGUGUCCCACGUCUUCCGCCAGUAUGGCCCCGGCGUGCGCUUCGUCCACUUCCUGCACAAGACCAAGAACCGGCGGGAGGCCGGCGGGCUGCGGCGGACGAGGGUGACCGAUUCCUCCGUGUCUGUGCAGUUCAGGGAGUGA